AUGAGACAUGCAGGCAAAACUGUUGGGACGCACUUGAAAUUUGAUCAAUUUUAUUUAGAAGCAGCAAAAAUGGCGAUAGAUCUUUACUAUACACCCGGUUCGGCUCCCUGCCGUAUCGUCCUCUUAGUAGCGGCCGCACUCAACGUCCCUUUGAACCACAACCUCGUAGAUCUUAGGGCUGGUGAACAACUGCGACCAGACUUUUUAAAGUUAAACCCUCAGCACACCGUCCCCACCAUAGUCGACGACGGAUUCUCUUUAUGGGAGUCUCGCGCCAUAAGCCGUUACCUGGUAAAUAAGUACGGUGCUGGGAGCACCUUGUACCCUGAGGACCCGAAGGCGAGGGCGCUCGUCGACCAGAGGCUUGACUUCGACCUCGGCACGCUGUAUCCAAGAUUCGCGCAGUACUUUUACCCGCAAAUAUUCGGUGGGGCGCUCGCCGACGAUGCCCUGUUAGGGAAGUUGAACGAAGCCCUGGAGUUUCUCAACACCUUCGUCGAGGGUGGCGAGUUUGCCGCUGGCCCGGGACUGACCCUCGCCGAUCUAAGCCUCGUGGCCACCGUGUCCACAAUCGACGCAGCUGGCGUAAGCCUCCAGGAGUACCCCAAUAUCGUGCGAUGGUUCGAAAAGGUCAAACUAACUGUGCCAAAUUACGAGGAAGCCAAUGGUAAAGGUAUACAGCAGUUCAAGACUAUGAUCAAAAACCUCGUGCCUAAAAGUGAACUG